GCUCCGGGCGCGGCCACACUGACCUCUAGCGGGGAGCGGCGCCGGGACGUUCAUUUAACCAGGAGCGGGAGGACGGCGGCGACUUAGACGCGGAGCAGCGGCACCGCCCGAGCUAGGGACGGGCGGACAGGCGGGGAGCGGAGCGGAGCGGGGCCGGGGCUCGCGGCGCGGGGAUGCAGCAGCCGCCGCCGCCCUGGCGGGGCGGCCCCGGCGGCUGGGGCUCGGGCUGCGGGGCGUAGCAGUCUGCCCGCCCGCUCGCCCGCCGCCCCACCAUGGAUGUGCUGCCGCCGCUCAACGCCAGCGCGGGGCCCCCCGACGCCUCCGCCUCCGCCGCGCCCUCCGCCUCGCCGCUGCGCCCGGCGCCGGCCCCCUACUCGCCCGCCGCCGUGGCCGCGCUGGCCGCCGUGGUGGGCUUCCUCAUCGUCUUCACCGUGGUGGGCAACGUGCUGGUGGUGAUCGCGGUGCUGACCAGCCGGGCGCUGCGGGCCCCCCAGAACCUCUUCCUGGUGUCCCUGGCCAGCGCCGACAUCCUGGUGGCCACCUUGGUGAUGCCCUUCUCCUUGGCCAACGAGCUCAUGGACUACUGGUACUUCGGCAAGGCGUGGUGCAACAUCUACCUGGCGCUGGACGUGCUGUUCUGCACCUCCUCCAUCGUGCACCUGUGCGCCAUCAGCCUGGACCGGUACUGGUCCGUCACCCAGGCCGUGGAGUACAACCUCAAGCGGACGCCCCGCCGGAUCAAGGGCGUCAUCGUCACCGUGUGGCUCAUCUCGGCCGUCAUCUCCUUCCCCCCGUUGAUCUCCAUGUACCGGGACCCCGACGGGGACGUCUUCCCCCAGUGCAAGCUCAACGACGAGACCUGGUACAUCCUCUCCUCGUGCAUCGGCUCCUUCUUCGCGCCCUGUCUCAUCAUGGUGCUGGUCUACGUCCGCAUCUAUCGUGUGGCCAAGCUGAGGACCAGGACCCUCUCGGAGAAGCGCACGAUGCCCGAGGGCUCGUCCCAGACUGAGAAUGGGCUGAGCCGGGCCACCGGGGGCUGCACCUCUCUGAGGAUGCAGCCCGGUGAGAACGGCCAUUACUCAGUGCACCAGUGGCGCAAGGCCUCCGAGCUGGAGGACAUUGAGCUGGAGGAGAGCAGCACCUCGGAGAGCAGGAGGAGACGGAGCAGGGAAGAGCACCCCCGCAAGAGCAGCAAGAGCCAGUCCUUCUCCUGCUCCUACUCCUCCAAGCACUCCAGCCGCCUGUCCCGCACCAGCAGUCGCUCCGUGGACUUCUUCUCUUCCCACCGCCGCAGGAAGCGCAGCAGCAUCUGCCGCAAGAAGGUCACUCAGGCCCGGGAGAAACGCUUCACUUUUGUGCUGGCAGUGGUCAUGGGGGUCUUUGUGGUGUGCUGGUUCCCCUUCUUCUUCAGUUAUAGCCUCUACGGCAUUUGUCGAGAUGCGUGUGCGGUCCCUGAGACUCUCUUCAAAUUCUUCUUCUGGAUUGGGUACUGCAAUAGCUCCCUCAACCCGGUCAUCUACACCAUCUUCAACCAGGACUUCCGCAGGUCCUUCAAACACAUCCUUUUCAAAAAGAAGAAGAAAAACUUCAGGCAUUAGGUUGGGGUGGUGCAGAUGGAGGAGAGGUCUGCACUGAGCCAGAGCAGGGAGGGGAACAGGUUUGCCCGGAGACAGAGUGGAGUGAAAGGGGGAAGGAGCCUGCACUGAGCAGGCAUGGCAUGGAGAUGAAGGAUCUGCACUGUGUUAGAGUGAACCAAAGAAGGGGGUUGGGAAGGCUUUGCACUGGGCAGACUGGAAAGGGAGGAAGGGAUGUGCACUCUGAGCUGGAGUUGAGGGGAUGGUGGGGAUGGUGAGAGAGGAGUUUGCGUUCAGUUUGAACAGAGAGCUUUGUACAGGCUAGAGAGCUGUGGGGAGGGGGAUCUGCACUAAGCUGGAUCGAAGUGGAGAGGAGAGGAGGUGGAGGCUACACUAGAUGAGCUGGAGUGAAGUGAGAGGUCUGGGCUGGGCUGGAGUGAAAAGGAAGGGAGGGUCUGAGCACUGGAGCAGGGAUGGAAAGUGAAAAAUAAAAAGGAAGCAGCGUGGGGGGUGCCGUGUGUGUGCACUGACCCUGAAGUGAAGGGGAAAGAAGUGCAGUUAAUUGUUGCUGCAGUGAGGAAGGGGAGUGAGGAGAAGCUGUAGUGACCCUGGAGGAACAGGGAAGGGUCAGGGUGGGGCAUUGUGUUUGGGGGAGGAUGACCUGUCAGGGGUUGUGAAGUUUGCUGGAGGUCAAAAGAGGGGACUAGCUGCUGGAGUUCGGCACUGGGAGAUUUGGGUAUUUAUUUGCAGUGAGAGCAGCUGGGACAUGUGGCGUGCUCCUCCCAAGAGGCAAACAGAUUUUACUGGUGAGAUGUGGGGAGAGACAUGAAGAAGAUGCCAGCAAACAGGCACUGACCAUCUUUGAUAGCUGAGAGGAUUUACGUGUUUGCCAAAAAAAAAAAAUCCUAGAGAACAAUCCAAACUCUUUUCUAAAUAAACCUUUGUUAUUCUAAACCCUUCUCAAUGGUGAUUUUACGCAGGGCUUAAGUGAAAGCAGGGGCUUAGGGGCUUCCUUUCCCUCACAGUCCUUCUUGUAUAUAGAGCUGAGCAGGAAAUGGUUUUCUUGUCUUCCAGUUUUCCCCAUCAGGAUGAACCUAGACCUUUGGAAGUUUUUCACAAAAAAGGAAGAGCACACCACCCUCUACAGGAUAAUGUGGUGGUGAGAACAUUUGCUUCUGUUGUCGGGAACCCGGGCUCAAAGUCCUGGCACAUUCCCACCAAAAGUUUCAGUUCCAGUGAAUCAACAUUUUCCAACCAAUUUACUAUUAAAAAAAUCCCCUGCCAGCUCUACUGCAUGUGCCCUUGGGAUUUUCUUUUCCCCUCUCUCUCAGUACCUGACAGAGGGGCUUUUCUCAGGGGCUGGUUUGGGUGUUGGUCUCAGGGUGCCUCCAAUUCCCACGUGCAGUUGAAUGCACACUGCCAUGCAGAUGUUCAAAGGAACAGGGAUCGCCCCAUCACGGUGGUCUCUAAAUCCCUCAAUGUUACAGUCUUAGGGCAACUAAGUCUUUUGCAUUUAUUUUUAAAGAGAAACCUACACAGCCGAUUUUUCACUGAUAGACGUGAAUACGAUGAAAGUAGAUCUGCUCCAAUAUUAGCAUUUCUUUCUUUCUUUUUGGUAUUUGUACUUCUGGAUUAAGAUUUAAUAUUCUUUUUUUAAGGAACGAUUAAAACAAUUUUCCCCCAGUGGAUUUACAAAAUCUAAUAACUAUUUGAUGGGCAGGUUGAAAGACUGUGGGGCCUCCAUGCAUUCAUCAAUAGACAAAAAAAAUCCCAAUUGCAUGUAAAGCCCAGCCAAACAUUUGCAGAAUCAAACAGUCCUGUCCUCCCCCUCUCCCCCCUACCCCACUGCGCGCUGCAAAGUGUGCUUGUCUGUGGGGGGGGAAAUGCUGUUCCAUCUUAUUGUGCAUAUCGCCCCCUCCAUAGGCAGUAGGAUUUGGCAUCUGCCUCUCAAACCUUUCCAUAGUAAACAACUCUUUGAAAUGGGAUGAAAACUAAUCUAAUAUUGCAGGCAUCUUGAAGCAGCCAAAUUGAAUCUAUAGCUUUGAAUCAGCAGAUACCUAUUUUUUUUUUUUUUAAUGUUCUCUGUUCUAUAAAGAAGGUGCCCAGAGACCUUCCUCACUUGAUAUCUCUAUGGCACAAGUACAAGUAAUAACCUCUUAAAUUGUUUAAUCUACUUUUGAUAAUUCUCUGCUCAUUUAAACCCACCCUCGCCAAUGAAUCAAGCAGGUCUUUAGUGGUUAAAGUUUUGGUGUUGAUUAAAUAAACAAUUUACUUUUAGGGUCCACUCAAAUGGGAGUUGUGAAAAGAAAGAACUAGACUACUUCAUGUAACCCAUUAUGAAUGUGAGCAUUUUUUUUUAUGGAUAUUUUUAAAUUCACACUCCUUAACUGCCUUUAUUUUUUUUAUUUUGAUGAAAGAAGGUUUCAAAUUAUGAACAGGUUUGGAGGUUUACACUAUUUAAAGAAGAGGUAUUAAGACUCAUUUUCAAGCUGUGUAAACCACUGAUAGUUUGUAAAUAACCCUCUUGGUUCAAUGCACACCCAAAUAUUAGAAAAUAAUACAAAUAGGUGAGGUGAGAACAAUUCAAAUAGUUUUCUGCAAAAUGGAGAAUUGAUUUUUAAAAUGAUAUAUAAGGAAGUGAGACGAGCUCUGGUGGUUUGUAUGAGAUUGCAGUGAAGCUAAAUACGUUGUUUUUUUUUAAAUCUGAACAAACUAUACUUUCCAGAGCAACCAAAGGAAGACAUAGUACACAGGCUACCUCAGAGAUAUUGGACAGCUUCAUUUAAAGUGAUCUUUUUUCACCAACAUAAAAGUCUGUAUUUGAUGCUUUGUGCUCAGCUUGGAAUGGUUUCCUAGUACAUGAAUGUACAUUUCACUAUUGCACUGCUUUUUAAAUUAGAUUAGUUUGCAGUAAAUACAGUCCUUUCCCUUUAUUUUUCUUUAUGAAACUGGCAGUCUGAAAAUGAAGAGGUUAUUAAUUGUUACAUUUUAGUGUUGGUAAUGUUUGUAUGGAAGAGCUGACAUGUGCCUUAAAAGUAAUUUCUUUGCCUUAAAAUUGUUCUGUAAUGAUACAAACAUGGAAGAAAGAGUAGCUUUAUUUUUUACUUUUUCCUAAUGGACCAAGAAAGGAUCCAUGAAGGGACUAAACAUCUGAUUUGUAUAGCACUGUACUUGAAAACAGGCUAUUUCCCUAUGAUUUGAUUUUACCUCUAUUCACAAUUAUUUAGCUGAUUGUAUGCUUCACAAGAGUAUUAAUUCUUUUCCUCCGAAUUAGAUAUAAACAAAUACUCACCCUGACUGGUUUAAAGAUGCACAGCAAAAAUCCACUUGUAAGUAUAUUUUCCUCUAAAUUAAUGGAGGCAGGUGAUUUCUAUAAAAAUACUUUUGAAUGUAAUGUGCUUCAAAUAAUUAAAUUAGGACCAAUUAAUUUUUAAGAACAGGAUUCUAUUAUUGUUUGUUAUAAUGUUGAAGACUGGAGUAAGCCUGUUUAUAACAUAUUGUGUGUCGUUAAUACGUCAUAAAAAGUAAAAGUUUUAUGGCUUUACAAUUCA